CAAAUCACACAAACGAAUUUGGUUCCAAGAUAUGGGAACACCAACAAAUUUGGGGCAAUGGCCCCUUCUUGUUUAUGUGUUUUCUUUUUGUUUAAUUAUAACUAGUGCAACUGGCAAUAACUCUUACUUUCAUCCUUAUGGAUCCAUAACAUAUAACAAACCGCCACCUCCUUCAUCUCCUCCAUUUUUACCACCACCUUCUCCUCCACUAUCAUAUUAUUAUAGGUCUCGACCAUCACGUCAUAAAAAUAAAUCACCACCACCACCACCACCAUCUCCACCACCACCUUCUCCAUCACCACCUCCACCAAAGUCUUCUCGUCCGCCUCGUAACGUUAAAUCACCACCACUUCCACCAAAGUCUUCUCGUCCACCUCGUAAUGUUAUAUCACCACCACCUCCACCAAAGUCUUCUCGUGCUCCUCGUAACGUUAAAUCACCACCACCUCCACCAAAGUCUUCUCGUCCGCCUCGUAACUUUAAAUCACCACCACCUCCACCAAAGUCUUCUCGUCCACCCCAUAUUACUAAAUCACCACCACCUCCACCAAAGUCUUCUCAUCCACCUCGCAACAUUAAAUCACCACCACCUCCACUGAAGUCUUCUCGUCCACCUCAUAACAUUAAAUCACCACUACCUCCACCAAAGUCUUCUCGUCCACCUCGUAACAUUGAAUCACCACCACCGCCACCGAAGUCUUCUCGUCCAGCUCGAAACAUUAAAUCACCACCACCUCCUUCACCAUCUCCACCACCACCUCUACCAAAGUCUUCUCGUCCACCUCGUAGCAAUAAAUCGCCAUCACCUCCUCCACAUUAUCACAAAUCUCCUCCACCACCUCCACUGAAGUCUUCUCAUCCACCUCGCACUAUUAAAUCACCACCACCUCCACCGAAGUCCUCUCGUCCACCUCAUAACGUUAAAUCUCCACCACCACCUCCACCUCUAUCUUUUUAUCCGCCUCAUAAUAAUAAAUCACCACCACCUCCUUCACCAUUACCACCACAUCCUCCUUAUUAUCACAAAUCUUCACCACCACCUUCUCAAACUCCACCACCAUCAUCAAUAAUUUCUCCUCCUCCAUUACAUUACGAUAAGUCACCACCAUCUCCAUCUUCAUCACCAUUGUUAUCUCCAUCUGUAUCAUCACCUCUAUCUCCAUUGCAAUCACCAUCUCCAUCUUCACCACCAUCCUCAUCUUUAGCUCCAUCACCAUCACCAUCAUUAUCUCCAUUUCUAUCACCACCUUUAUCUCCAUCAAAAUCUCCAUCUCCAUCUCCAGCACCAUCACCAUCUCCAUCUCUAUCACAACCUCCAUCUCCAUUACAAUCUCCAUUUUCGCCUCUAUCUCCCAUGACACCUCCAUCUCCAUCUCCAUCUCCAUCUAUAUCACAAACUCAAUCUCCAUCAUAUUCUCUGUCUCCAUCGCCACCACCUCCCCCAUCUCCAUAUAUAUUGCAACCAUCUCUAUCACCAUCACCAUCUCCAUCUCUAUCACAACCUCCAUAUCUAUCUCCUUCUAUAUCUACCAUGACACCUCCAUCUCAAUCACCAUCACCGUCACCAUCAUCAUCACUAACACCAUCUCCAUCUCCAUCUCAAACUCAAUCUCCAUCACCAUCGCCGUAUGUAUCUUCUUUCCUACCUCCAUCUCCAAUGCAAUCUCCUCUAUCUCCCAUGACAUCUCACUCUCCUUCUCCAUUUCCAUCACCAUCAUCAUCACCAUCACCAUCUCAAUUUCCAUCGCAAACUCAAAAUCCAUCAUUUUCUGUAUCUCCAUCGCCAUCGCCUUCUCAAUCUCCUUUGUCACCUCCAUCACCAUCUCCAUCUAUGUUGCAACCUUUAUCUCCAUCACAAUCUCCAUCUCUAUCACAACCUCCAUCCCCAUUUAAAUCUCCAUCUCCUUCUCUAUAUACCAUAACAGCUCCAUAUCCGUCUUCAUCACCAUCAUCAUUGUCAUCACAAUCACCAUCUCUUUCUCCAUCUCAAACUCAAUCUCCAUCAUUUUCUCUAUCUCCAUCACCAUCACCUUCUCUAUCUCCUUUCCCAUCUCCAUCUCCAUUGCAAUCUCUAGCUUCUCCUCUAUCUUCCAUGACAUCUCACUCUCCAUCUCCAUCGCAAACUCAAAAUCCAUCAUUUUUUCUAUCUCCAUCGCCAUCGCCAUCGCCAUCGCCUUCUCAAUCUCCUUUGUCACCUCCAUCGCUAUCUCCAUCUAUAUUGCAACCUUUAUCUCCAUCAAAAUCUCCAUCUCUAUCACAAUCUCCAUCUGCAUUUCAAUCUCCAUCUCCUCCCCUAUCUACCAUGACACCUCCAUCUCCAUCACCAUCACAAUCACCAUCUCCAUCUUCGUCACAAACUCAAUCUCCAUCACUAUCAUCUUCUUUAUCACCCUCGCCAUCUCCAUCACAAACACAAACUCCAUUUUCUUCUCUAUCUUCAUCGCCAUUUCCAUCUCCAUCAUUAAUUCCGUCUCCAUCUCCACCACCUCUGUCUCCACCACCUCUUGUAAGGUCGCCAUCUCCUCCAUAUCGUGACAUGUCUCCACCUCCACUAUUACCAUCUCCACUACCUCCUCACCGCAAUAAGCCUCCUCCGCCUCCUAUAAGGCCCCCACCUCCUCCUUACAAAAACAAGUCUCCACUUCUACCUGUACCAUCUCCACCACCUCCUUACCAUAAUAAGUCUCCUCCAGCUCCAGAAAGGCCACCACCUCCUUUAUACCGCAACAAGUCUCCACCACCUCCUUACCAUAUUAAGUUUCCUCCACCUUUGGUAAGGACCCCACCUCCUCCAUACCACAAUAAGUCUCCACCUCCACCACCUCCUUACCGCAAUAAGUCUCCUCCACCUCUGGUAAGGCCCCCUCCUCCUUCAUACCACAACAAGUCUCCACCUCCACCUUCACUAUCUCCACCACCUCCUUACUAUAAUAAGUCUCCUCCACCUCCUCCAUCUAAAUUCCAUUUUCCUCCAUUUCUACAUAUACCACCAUUAUUUCCACGUGUACCAUCACCUCAUACCUAUUAUAAGUCUCCUCCACCUCCAGUGAAGUCCCCACGUCGUCCACCUAUAUUUCAUCUUCCACAUCUACCACCAUUAUUUCCACAUGUACCAUCCCCUCAUACUUAUUAUAAGUCUCCUCCACCUCCGGUGAAGUCCCCACAUCGUCCACCUAUAUUUCAUCUUCCACCGUUUCCACAUCUACCGCCAUUAUUUCCACAUAAACCAUCACCUCGUACCUUUUAUAAGUCUCCUCCACCUCCGGUAAAGUCCCCACGUCGUCCACCUAUAUUUCGUCUUCCGCGGUUUCCACAUCUACAACCAUUAUUCCCACGUGUACCAUCACCUCGUACCUAUUAUAAGUCUCCACCUCCAGUAAAGUCCCCACAUCGUCCAUCUAAAUUUCAUCUUCCACCAUUUCAACAUCUACCAUAGCCCUGCCAUCCAUACCCAUUGAAGUCUCAUGGUUAUUACGAUACAUCACCUCAUCUUCCGUUGCACUAACAAAUCAAGUUUUAUAAUAAUUGCAAGAUGUUGCAACUCAGCCAAUUGGAAGUGCACGAUCAAUUAGUGGUUCUCUUUCGAGAGAUUUGCUUAUUGAGAUUGUAUUGGUUUUUCCUUUUAUUAAUAACUUAGUAUAUUCUAAGCAAUAAGGAUCACAAGAAAAUCAUUUCUAUUAUUGGUAGUUUUGUCAUGUGUAUUUUCCUUUUCUAUGCUAAAUAAGUGAAUUUCUAUGAAAUAUUUAGUGUUAUUUAUUUUCUAAA